CUGGCGCGCUUUUAAACUACAAACUUUAUCCGUGUUGUGUGAAGUUGAAUCCUAUUGGUCACUGAAGGGACCGCUGCAGCCAAUAGCAUCGAUCCUUCUAACAUACUGAAAAAACUGAAGUUGUCCUGUUUCCUCGAGUGGUUACGUCUGAAUACGCCAUGGAGAGUUCGUCGGUGUAUAUGUGCUUCCCCUGCUACCAGGAGUUUGGCACUCUGGAAGAGGUACUUAAGCACCAAUUAACGUGUACUGCUGAGGAAGACCAGGUGAACGCAUCUGGAGUCACACCUGUCGCUGUUCAGAUGCUACAGACCCGGCAACAGGUAAUGACAAAGACAGCUGAAGUCCCACAAAAUCUGGUUCAAGAAGGACAGUCCUUUGUACAACCUGUUAAAAGUGUAUUCAAGCAGGCUGCAAGUGUUAAGUUGCCAUCAGACCAACCCAGAAUCCUCUACCAAUGCGGGGACUGUGAUGAACUUUUCAAAAGCCUGGACCUUUGGCAGCAGCACCGUAAGGAAGGUUCAUGCCAGGAUUCUGCCUCUCGGAGCAAGUCGAAACCCGAUUCACCACCUGAGGCAGAGGCCUCCUCUGCUCAAAGCCCUUCAGCUCUAAAUCCUGACGACGCCUUGCUCUUAAGCGAAACUAUCGACAAUGUUAAGCCAGAACAUGUGGAAGAACCUGUACUGGAGGAGGAACAGGUGCAGAGGCAGCAGGAGGCAGAAACCUUGUCAGCUCAGAGCCCCGAGCCCUCUGUUUCUGAGGUGGCCCCUGCAACACCGAAUCCGGAGGAUUCUUCACCCAAGAAGAGAGGAGCAUUCAAGAAGCCUAAGCCUGAGCCGGUGCUCCUGUGCGUGGACUGUGGCUCGUGUUUCGGCCUCGUAUCAGAACUAGUCGCCCACCGCAAGACCAAACAUGGCUUUGAGGAAGCUCUACACCGCUGCUCUGUGUGUGGGGAGAGCUUUCUAAACACCACCCUCUUUCUCUACCACCGCAAGCAACACAGACAGAAAGGUGAGGAAAGGGUGGUGGUGCUUCCUGAAGCAAUCGCAGAGGAAGUUUGCACUCAGAGCAACGGGACUGACGAUGGUGCAACUGGCUCCGUCGCCUCCACCUUUACGCAGCCGGAGGUGUUUAUGUGCAUCCAGUGCGGGCAGAGCUUUAAUGGUGAAGACGGGCUGAUUAGUCAUCGUAAACAGAAGCAUGGACUGAAGGAACCGCUACACAGUUGCUCUCAUUGUGAUGAGACCUUUAUGAACACCACCCAGUACCUGUACCAUCGCCGGGAGCACCGCUUCUCAGCAGGGGUGGAGGCGGUGGAGUCUCAGGAUGCUCCACAGAACUCAAAGCGGCUCCUUUCUCCUCCUGCUUCUGCUAGUGAUUCCGAUUUGCCGCUUUCUAAGAGAAGUCGGCCCUCUAUCAGGAUCCUGAGUGGAAACAAAGCUUCAGGUGUGAAAGAGGAUUCAGAAGGAGGCGCUGGAGCAGACUCGGACUGCACCAACCACCCUCCACCCGCCAAGCUGCUGCAGGACUGGUCCCGCACAUCAUUACCCCACGUUUGCCCCUACUGUGGCAAAACCUUCACCCGGCGUGUCUUCCUGCGCACUCAUGUGUUCAGCCACACAGGGGAGAAGCUCUUCACAUGCAAGGUGUGCACAAAGUCUUUCACCAACUCCCAGAGCCUGCUGCGCCACAGCAUGAGCCACACAGGCAACAGACCCUACAGCUGUGGCGUUUGUGGGAAAGGCUUCUCCCAGACAGCCACCCUGAAGAGACACCAGCGCAUCCACACAUCACUGCAGCCUCGGCGCAAACGUGGACGAAAGCCGGCGUGCACCUUAGACAACGAAGGAAGCGCUCAUCUCUUCGCUUGUCCCCACUGCCCCUCACGAUUCAAUACGGAGGAUCAGCUUAACCAUCACAAACUCCUCCACACCAGUCACCCCUUCCCUUGCCCUGAAUGUGGAGAGGCCUUCAAACGCAGGAAGGACCUGGACCUGCACUCCCUUACUCAUCAAGACAAGCAGCCAGCGACGUGCCCCCACUGUUCGUCACAGUUUGUGAACCAGACAGUGCUGGAAAUCCACCUGCAGCGUUGUCCUACCACAGAGGAAGAGAAGAACGCUGGCCGUGGACGGGGUCAGGGCCGUGGACGAUGCACAGGACAGAUUGAGUGUGACCUCUGUGGCCACCGAUGCAUGACCCAGGAGGGCCUCGACCUUCAUCGGCUAUCCCACACGGGCCAGACGCCCCUCAAAUGCCCAGUGAGACCUUGCCGCCGCAGAUUUACCUCCAAUAGUGCCCUGGAGGAGCACGUACUGGCCCAUUUCCAAGGAACGCUCGGCAAGUCCAAAAACCGACCCCGCUUCCGCUGUCAGAUCUGCCUCAAAGAAUUUGCCUACAAUUCCACCUUCAGCGUUCACAUGAGGACACAUACUGAUGAGAGGCCCUUUGAGUGCACCACCUGUGGGAAGCGCUUCCGCCAGCUGCCCCAUUUGCAGGACCACGAGCGAAUCCACAGCGGUCUGCGACCUUUCUGCUGCUGGAUCUGUGGCAAGAGCUUCAGCGUAGCUGCCCGUCUGACCGAGCACGCCCGCACCCACAGCGGAGAGAAGCCGUACCCCUGUCCUCACUGUCCUGCUGCUUUCCGCUCUCGCUCUAACCUGGAUAAACACAUCCGGCUACAUGGAGACCUACCUGUGGAAACCGCUGAGCAGGUGGCGCAGGAAGCUGAGGCCGCCCAGGUCCAGAAGGUGUUAGAAGGGGCGAAGGUGCUGUCUUCUCUGGCCGCCACAGGGGAGGUUGAUUCUGGCUCAGUGCAGACGAUCUAUGUCCUGCAGGGGGCCGAGGGAGGUACCGAGACUGUAAUGAUCCCGUCUGAUCAGCUCAGCGCCAUGGAGGGAGCAUCACAGGUUGUCAUCCUGCCCUCCUCUGUGCUGGGAGCUCAGACAAUUACUGUUCCCACUAUUACCAUGGAUGGAAAUGAAAUCACCAUGGUGGAGGCAUGCCAGUCACCACAGCAUGCUAUUGAGUUCAUUGUGGAGGAGACUGUAUAAAGGCGUUUUUUAAGCUGUUUUGGGCAGAAUGACAGGGUUGAUUUAGUUAGUUAAGAACCCAACUGGAGGAUGCCAUUAUCCCCUUAUGUGUAUAUUGUUUAAUACAUUUCUAAGUUAGUUUAGACACUUCUUUCCUGUUAAGUAAUUCAAAUCUGCUUUUGUUGUGGCGCAAUCAAAGUUAAUGCUAUUGUUAAAACAGUGUAAAAGCAAAUGAAAGCAAAGCUAAUUUACAGAUGAAAUGACACGAGGAAGUGGCUUAAAGUUGUCUCUGAAGCUGAAUGUAAAGAGGUUGUUAAAUUGACUAUUGCUUCUAUACAGGCGUGCAUUCACAGCCCCUAUUUAUUAGGGCAAGGCUAGUGUUGGCCCAUAAAACAUUUUUUUUUAUAAUAAAACACAUCAGCUUUCUGUGUGUGUCCAUUGUUUUAUAAGGUGGAUGACACGAGGGCAUUUCUCCCAUCUCAUCUGAUGUUGAGCUUUAUUGGCCCUGCUGUGAAUUGCCACAUCUGCGUUGACAAUAUGAGGUUUUCUAAAAAAUAUAUAGAGUUACACGGCACUAGUCAGUGUACAGUUUUUCAAACCGUUUCAUCGCCCAAUGUCACGGACACUGAUGUUAGUGGAAGACGGAAUGAAAUUGAACUGUUUGUAUGGAUCAGUCCUAAUGUUCCAAUCAUUUGUAGGACAUUGUGUUAUUGAUUGGUUUUGUGCUCUAAUUAAAUACAAUAAUAACGGG